CCGCGAAAAGUGAAGCCACAAGUACACCCCGUUUGCCGCGAACGGAAUCAUUGACUAAUCUCAUAGCUAACCCUGCAAUCGGCAUGACUUCAGCAGUGUCUAAAACGAUGAAUCCGCCCUACGGUAACGGAAGUGGUGUGACUGCCGCAGCCAUGCCGAAGAAACAUCUGCGCAAUGAACCCGCCGGGCUCAAUCUUACGCUGGAGACCAUCGUUCGGAUUGUGUUGACCUCCAUUUACAUUGGUCUCGAGUUUCAGGCCCCGUUCAUGCGCAAAGUGCAACCGGAAGAACUGUGGAUGUAUCGGAACCCGCGCACCAACAGCUACGUCCCGCUGACCAUGCUGUGGCCAGUGGUACUGGGGGUUCCCGGGUUCAUCUUCUUGCUCUACUACCUACAGUCACGCGAUCGGCAGGAUCUUCGGUGCACCGUGCUCGCCUUUACGCUCGGGCUCGGUCUGAACGGAGUGCUGACCAGCACGCUGAAGAUUGCGGUCGGUCGCCCCAGGCCCGACUUCUUCUGGCGAUGCUUUCCGGACGGUGUGACGAACGAAGAGCUCCACUGUACCGGCACCGAUCAGUGGGCACUGGCGGACGGGCGCAAAAGUUUCCCCUCGGGACAUUCGUCGUUUGCCUUCGUUGGACUCGGCUUCCUCACCUGGUACCUGAUCGGGAAGCUGCACCUACUCAACGAGCGUGGCCGUGGUCGAUCGGUACGAAUGAUUGCUGCCGGGUUGCCCUCUUUCGUUGCGCUUCUGAUUGCGAUCAGUCGAACGUGCGAUUAUCAUCACCAUUGGCAGGAUGUAACGGUGGGCUCGCUAAUCGGGGCCGCCCUGUCCUACCUUUGCUACCGUCAGUAUUAUCCCGGCUUCAGCGAGCGCAACUGUCAUCUGCCCUACGGCCGACAGCAAACGGAACCAAACUCUCCGUCCCACUCGAGCACAAACCGUACCAUUGGUCUUAAACGGCCCGCACAGCAAAGCAUGGCCGGGGCGGCAUCACCGCCAAGCGAUGGCCCGUCCGGCUACAAGACGCUUCGCUCCACCAACGGUGCCGGUGACGAGGGAUCCGACAGCGAAACCGGGCACCUGCUGUCCCCAACCCCUGACCAAAAGGAAGCCAAGUGGAUCUAAUCCACUCAUCCAAAACCGAACUGUGUUACUAACGUCACAAGCCAUCAGAUGCUGUGAAGCUCCAUUCCCUCCUUUCGGUCACGCAUUGUUCCGAAUGUGUUAACGAAUUUUAUUUUUACCAUUUCAUCCAGAAAUAUACAAAACAAAAGUGAA